AUGAGACUAUUUUGGAGCAAGACGAAGCCAAGUGUUCCAGAACACAGUCUCAUUGUAUUCGUCCACGGAUUAACAGGCAACCGCGAGAAAACAUGGACCCACGAAAACGGAACCCUAUGGCCCCGCGAUCUCCUUUCCAAAGACCUAUCCACAGCCCGCAUCAUGACAUUCGGUUACGACAUCGACAUAUUCAGCUUUACGUCAAUUACCUUCUCAGACCGACUCAACGACCACAGCCAAUCCCUCGCCUACGCAAUCGUCAGCCAACGAAUCGACUGCUCAAGCAGACCUAUCCUAUUCGUCGCGCACAGUCUGGGCGGCUUGGUAUGUCAACAAGCUUUGAUCCUUAGUAACUCCAUAGACGGUCUAUGGGCGAUAUCGUCGAGCGCGAUCGGGAUAAUCUUCAUGGGCACGCCGCAAUACGGGUCUUCGCUUGCUUCGUACCGAGAAAAACUCGCGAAGGGGAUGAAUAUAGUGCACACUGCGAACAGGGAUAUGGUUGGGGCUUUGCAUCCGGGCUCGAAUAAUGUGCAAACAGUUGGGAAUGAGUUCCAGGCUAUGCUUCGCCGUGGAGACCUGUCGCUCAAGGUAUUCUGUUUCUUCGAGGCGAAGAAUAUGAAUGAUGUAGUGGGAAAGAUUGUUGAAGAACACUCGGCUAUUUUGCUGGGCUAUGAGAAUGGUAGCAUUGAUGCUGAUCAUUACAAUAUGACGAAGUUCAGUGGCCAUGCGGAUGCUAGUUAUGGGCUUGUGAGGUCGAUCAUUACGGGGUGGCUACAUGAGUCUCGUGGUGGCGAUGCUGCGGCCAACAAGACUGUCGUGUCCGCUUCUGUCUCUAGGAACCCUGCUUGGUUGGGCUCUUGGACUCCGGGGAACUUUUUGUUUAAUGGGACGGGAAAUCCACAGAAUUUCGCGAACAGAUAUUAUACAGAUUCCGACCAGAACUUUAGCAUUGACUGA